CUUUAAACAAAGAUCCAUGAAUUGAUUAUCCCUUUCUCUCUCUCUCUAAGAUGGGUAAAUUCAAUUUUCCAAUGAUCUUACUAUCACUCUCUUGCCUGUUUCUUCUCUCCACCGCUCAACUAAAACAAAACUUCUACGCCUCCACAUGUCCAAAUGUCGAAACCCUAGUCAGAAACGCAGUCACCCUCAAGUUUCAACAAACUUUCGUCACAAUUCCGGCCACUCUCCGUCUCUUCUUCCACGAUUGCUUCGUUCAGGGAUGUGACGCCUCUGUUAUCAUUCAAUCAUCUCCGACCAACAAGGCCGAGAAAGAUCACCCUGAUAACUUGUCCCUCGCCGGAGACGGUUUCGACACUGUGAUAAAAGCAAGAGCUGCGGUUGACGCGGUCGCUUCUUGCAAGAACAAAGUCUCCUGCGCCGACAUUCUUGCAUUGGCUACACGAGAUGUGGUCGUAUUGGCCGGAGGGCCUUCUUAUGCGGUGGAGUUGGGGAGAUUUGAUGGGUUGAGCUCGACGGCGGCGAGUGUUGAAGGACACUUGCCUCAGCCAGAGUUCAAUUUGAAUCAACUCAAUGCUCUGUUUUCUUCAAAUGGGCUUAAUCAAAAUGAUAUGAUUGCAUUAUCAGCUGCUCAUACCUUAGGAUUCUCACAUUGCGACAGAUUCGCAAAUCGCAUCUACAAUUUCUCAAAAUCAUCUCCGAUCGACCCAACAUUGAACCAGCAAUAUGCAUCCCAGUUGAUUGCUAUGUGCCCUAAGAACGUGGACCCAGCCGUAGCCAUAAACAUGGAUCCAACCACGCCAAAUACAUUCGACAAUGUUUACUACAAGAAUCUUCAGCAAGGGAAGGGCCUAUUUACGUCUGACCAGGUCCUCUUCACUGACACAAGAUCGAAACCGGUUGUCAAUUCUUGGGCUAGUAGCUCUACGGCCUUCAAUAAUGCAUUUAUAACCGCCAUGACCAAAUUGGGCAGGGUCGGAGUCAAGACCGCUAAAAAUGGAAAUAUCCGAUUAAGUUGUGAUGCAUUCAACUAAUGAUAAUUGAAGAGUUGGAUAAUUUGAAAUUGAGUGAUUUUGAUAUCAAAUUCUUAUCCAAACACAAAGAAAGGAUAAUAAGAUUGAAAAGAGUUUGAGUGAAUGUAAUAGAGAGAUGUCAUUUUCUUUCAAAAUUAAGGUUUGUUUAUAAUUAUU